AUGUAUUAUCUUACCCAAAAUACAUCUCAUUUUCGGCGCUUAAUCUUCAUAGUGUAUACAAGUACCAUCCCCUAUCACAAGGAGAUACAACAACCGCCAGUCAUAAACCAACAACCUACUACAAUCUAUCAUUCAGAACUCAAGUCCGAAGAAGAUUAUGACUGUCGUUAUCUAUCUCCUUGUGAAUCUAUAUGGCGAAUACUUGCUUUCAAAAUCCAUAAUCGAUGGCCUGCGGUUAUUAGGUUAACUUUUCAUCUACUUGGUAAGCAAAGGAUUGUUUUCAAGGAUAACGCUAAGUUAAGCUCAGUUUUAAACUACAACAACCGAAUGGGCACAAUGUUUUUAGCUUGGAUGGAUGCAAAUAAACAAUAUGUAGAAGGUCGUCAUUUAACGUACACGCAGUUUCCAUCGUUGUUUACUUAUGAUCAUGAUGGAAGAUUUUGGAAACCGCGUAAACGAGGUAGGUCAGUUGGCCGGUUGACUUUUAUUCCUCCUGGAAAUCGUGAGUUGUAUUACAUGAGGUUGCUACUUAAUGUUCAAAUGGGGUGCACAAGUUUUGAGGAUAUCAGAACUGUUAGAGGACAUACUUAUGACACUUAUCGUGAGGCAUGUGUUGAGUUGAGAUUGUUGGAUGAUGAUCGUGAGUUCAUCGAUGGCAUUAUUGAAGUUGCAAUUCUUGGCUCGGGUUUCUCUAUUCGUCAAAUGUUUGCUAACUUGCUGAUGUCAAAUUCAAUGGGUGAUCCGUUAAAUGUUUGGGAACAAUUGUGUGAAACUUUAUGUGAUGGAAUUCAAUAUAACAGACACAGGAUUUUGAACUCUCCAGAUCUGAUUUUAUCAUCUGAAGAAUUAAAACAGCUUUGUUUGUAUGAAAUUGACAUUUUGCUUCGAGAGAAUGGUAAAUCGCUUGAUGAUUAUAAGUGCAUGCCGCAGCUCCUCAUUCCAAAUAUUGGCAUGUUCAAUAAUAUCUUGAUAGAAAAUGAGUUCAAGUACAACUGUGAUGAAAUGAAGUUGAUUCAUGAUGAACAUCUGGGUAACUUAAAUUACGAACAGUUGUCUGCCUACCAAAAAAUUGUUGGUGCAGUUGACAAUGGAAAAGGAUCAAUGUUUUUUGUUGAUGGGUACGGAGGAACUGGAAAAACCUACUUAUGGAAAACUCUAUCUUUUCGUAUACGCUCAGAAGGCAAGAUAGUUCUCAAUGUUGCUUCUAGUGGAAUUGCCUCGAUUCUUCUUCCUGGUGGUAGGACUGCCCAUUCUCAGUUUGCUAUUCCUUUGGUGCUUUCAAAAGAAUCGUGUUGUAAAAUAGAGUUGGAAAGCAAAAAAGCAGAACUUUUGAUGAUGACAAGUUUAAUUAUAUGGGACGAGGCGCCAAUGAUCAACAAGUGGGCUUUCGAAGCUUUUGAUCGUACUUUGAAAGAUGUCAUGCGUGUUGUUGAUGAGAAUAAUGGAGAGUUACCAUUUGGUGGGAAAACUGUUGUUUUUGGUGGAGAUUUUAGACAAAUUUUACCUGUCAUUCCUAAAGGAUCUCGAGCUGACAUUGUCUAUGCUACUAUUAAUUCCUCUUAUUUAUGGCGUAAAUGUCAAGUAUUGCAACUAACAAAAAAUAUGAGAUUGCAGUAUUCAAAUGAUCCAGUUGAAAAUGAACAACUCGCAGAUUUUGCAAAGUGGAUACUUGAUGUUGGUGACGGGAAAAUUGGUGAAGUUGAAGAUGGAGAGUCAAUUAUUGAAAUUCCUUCUGAUCUUUUAAUUAAUAGUGUGACCAAUCCAAUUGGUGAUAUUGUUGAUGCUAUUUAUCCUGACUUACUUCAAAACAUGUUUGUUCCUCACUUUUUUGAAGACCGUGCUAUUCUUGCUCCGACGUUGGAGGUUGUCGAAAAGCUCAAUGAUUAUGUAUUAUCUUUAAUACCCGGUGAAUCUCAUGAAUAUCUUAGUUGUGAUUCUCUUUGCAAACAAGAUAAAGAUGUUGGUAUUGAUCAGAGAUGGAUUACAACAGAAUUUCUAAAUGAAAUCAAAUGCUCUGGAUUACCCAAUCAUAGGCUUAUUUUGAAAGUUGGUGUUCCUGUUAUGUUGUUGCGAAAUAUAGACGUGUCGUCAGGUCUUUGCAAUGGUACACGACUUACUGUUUUUUAUUUGGGAAAAAGUGCUAUUGGCGCAGAAAUUGUGACUGGAACAAAUAUUGGGGAAAAAGUUUAUCUUAAUCGGAUGAAUUUAGUUCCUUCAGAUGCCAACGUUACAAUUGCUUUUCAGAGACGUCAGUUUCCCAUGUGUGUUUGCUUUGCAAUGACCAUUAAUAAAAGUCAGGGCCAAACUUUGGGAAAUGUUGGGUUAUAUCUUCCGAGACCUGUUUUUACCCAUGGCCAGUUAUAUGUUGCCAUUUCUCGAGUUAAAACUCGAAAGGGUUUAAAAAUUUUAGUGACAGAUGAUAAUGGAGCAUCGAAAACUACAACUGUUAAUGUUGUUUAUCCUGAAGUUUUUCAAAGGAUAUAUAUAUAA